AAGAGGCGCAUCGCUUGAAACCGGUAGCAGUGAAUCUAGUGCUGUAUUUUUCUGUAAAACUCAAUAAAAAUGACCUCGUCGGCCACACCGAUGGCCGCGGUGGACCUGCUGCAGCAGGCACUAAACUCGAACAUCAUUCCGAAUCAGGAGUACCUGCUGCAGGGCUCGAUUCUGGAUUCGGCUGCGGAGCAUUUGCUGCACCGGCUGCGUGGAUUGUGUGAUAACGUUGAUACUGGACCAGAAGCGUUUGCCGACUACGAGAUGUGUCUUAGCUUGAAGGUUCCGAAUGAGAAGACUCCCGUUAUGACCGUACGGGUACGCAAAGCUCAGGACACAGACGCUCCCUACCAGUUGCGAUACAUUGGCCAACCAGAGUUGGGCGACCGCAACCGUCCAACGUUGGUCCGUAGCAGUUUGGACAUUGCCUGCACUCCACAUGUGGUAGAAUUCCUUACCGAGAUGGGUUUCCGUGUCGACUUUGAGUACAUCACUAAAGGUUACAUGUUCCGCAAGGGUCGGAUGAAGGUUACCGUGUCGAAGAUCUUCAAGGUGAACAGUUCGGAACCGAUCUCGCAGAGCUACCUGGUCGAACUGUCCGUGCUGGCCCCGACCGGUCAGGACGUCAUCGCCGACGAUAUGCGAAUCUUUGCCGAACAACUCAAACCGCUGGUCCAGUUGGAGAAGAUCGACUACAAACGAUUUGCACAGAUGCCGUGAAUCAUUUCUUUUUUCAUUAAUUUUGUAACGUCUAGGAUGCCGUUUAAGAAGACAUUAAAGAGUAAUUAGCCGAAACACGA